UUCUGUUUUCGCUUAUAGCUGUAAAUAUAUAUAUAUUCAAUUAGUUGGGAUUUUGAGAUUGAUAGUUUUCCUUCUUCACAUAUUUGGUUGGAGCUGUGUUCUUCCACGUAUUUUCAGGUUAGAUUCCAAUUCAGCCUUCAUCUCUUUCUUAGGGUUUAUCGAUUCCUGAGUUCAAAUCUUUGCCUUCUCCUGUCACGCUUUCUUCUCACUUUUGUUUUUCUCUCAACCUGGUUAAAUUGUAGAUUUUGGCGGAUGAUUUUGCUAGGGUUUUAGCUACUUCGGCUGAAUUUCGGAAAUUAGGAUUUCAAGGUUUCGGAAUUUAUUCUUCUAGGGUUUUUUUCAUUGUAAGAAAAAUAGGAGGUUUCAAAUUCGAGUGGCUACCCAGUUCAAGGUUUUCCGAUUUUUGGAUUAAUUUCUGCAGAGAGAAAGAAAACCAGAAUUCAAUUCAAAAUCUCGUUUUUCUUGUACUAUCCCUUUUUCGGGCUUCUUUUUUUUUUCAUUUAUCUCUGGUUUUUGAUACUUUGGUCAAGGGAAUAAAAGAAACAAAGAACAAUGGCCUCCUAUAGGCCAUUCCCUCCACAAUGCUUUCCUCCAGCACCACCACCACCACCAAAUCAAAAUCCUCUUCCGCCCCAACAACAUUAUGAUCAAAAUUACAAUCAGAUGAAUCUGAAACCGAAUUACCAUUACCCUCCUUCAAGACCACCGCCACAACAACAGCAACAACCACCGCCUCCACAGCAGAAAUAUUCAUAUCCAUCACCUCCUCCGCCUCCGGAUUCUUCCUAUCCCCCUCCCGCAUGCCCUCCUUUGCCCACAAUGUCACAGAAUACCUUCAACUCACAGCCACCAAUGUACUAUCCACCUUCACAGUACUCUUCACAGUAUAGCAAUACAGCAAUGCAGCCACCUCCUCCGCCACCACCCCCAAGUUCUCCUGGCUCUUCAAUCCCUCCACCACCUUCUCCUAGUUCUCCUCCACCGCCUCCUCCAAAGGAGAGUGCUGGGGACACGAGGUUAACUGAGCGUGGUAAAGGUGGAAAUAGGGAUUUUUCGGGUUCUGGACGGCUUGAACAUGGUCAUUCUAAUCAGGGGAUUGGAAGUUGGUUUACAAAGUACACUAUCAUUUCUUUGGAGAAAAUGUACAAGCCUAAACUUUUUGUUGAGCCAGAUCUCGGGAUACCACUUGAUUUGCUUGACCUCAGUGUAUACAAUCGUCCUAGUGUUAGACAACCUCUUGCCCCAGAAGAUGAGGAACUCUUGGGUGAUGAUGUAACUUUAACCCCUGUUAAGAAAGAUGGCAUAAGACGAAAAGAAAGACCCACUGAAAAAGGUGUUUCUUGGCUUGUUAAAACACAGUACAUUUCUCCACUUAGUAUGGAAUCAACAAAACUGUCUUUGACUGAAAAUCAAGCUAAAGAACUGCGAGAACUUAAGGGAGGCCGCAAUCUUUUGGAGAACCUUAAUAAUAGGGAAAGACAAAUAAAAGAAAUUGAGUCAUCUUUUGAGGCAUCCAAGUUACGUCCUGUCCAUGCAACCAAUAAAAACUUGGAACCAAUCGAAGUUAUACCUCUCUUACCUGAUUUUGAUAGGUAUGGAAUUAUUCAGGGCUGUCUGCUUUGUUUUUACUCCCCUUUUUGGUCUCUCAUACAUGCAGAAAACAUUGAUUAUAUAGAACUUGAGAUUUCAAUCGUUGUCAUUGCCAUUAUGAAGAGUUAUGUGGCACCAAGCUCGGAUCUGGCCAAUCCUGAGAAAUUUUUGGCAUACAUGGUGCCUUCUGUUGGUGAGCUUUCGAAGGAUAUGUAUGAUGAGCUUGAAGAUAUCUCAUAUUCUUGGGUUCGCGAAUACCAUUGGGAUGUACGGGGUGAUGAUGCAAAUGACCCAACAACAUACCUUGUUUCAUUCGAUGAAGGAGAAGCUCACUAUGUGCCUCUUCCGACGAAGCUUAAUUUAAGAAAAAAGAGGGCCAGAGAAGGAAGAACAGGGGAUGAGAUCGAACAUUUUCCUAUGCCUUCCAGAAUUACUGCAAGGAGGAGAUCAACAGUUGCUGCAAUAGAACUUAAAGAGCCAGAGGCUUAUUCCAACAUGAGGGAUGGUAUUUUGUGCUGGAAGAUAGGAAGGUUGGAUGCCGAAGAUGGGCUUGGGAGACCACGGAAGCUUUCGCGACAUCAAGAUGUCGAUCAGUACAGUGGAGGUGAGGAUGAUUUCUCUGAGUGAUGCUUAAAAUGAAUGGCAAGCCUAAAGAACAUUUUGAGUUAUUUGUGAAGUCACAUC